CCUUCCUCGACACACACCUCAGACACAACCUCCUCUGCAUCGUGACGUUGUCUUAUCACGCAUAGUAUUGUUCCUCAUGAUACCCCCUCGACCAUAGCAACAUACAAGACUACUAAAGACUCGCCCAGUUCAACUCGCCUUCAUCAUUCCCCAAUCCACCUCCCCCCCACCCCAACGACGCGUCCACAGGCGGCACAGACCACGCGCACCAGCCACAACUUCUGCCAUCCCCCUCGCCACCAUGGCGGCACCAGAUACGGGCGACGCAGUCGUCCACCGUCUCAUCACAAAGGGAUUGAGAGGAAGGCCAAGAUCGGAAGAUGCCCUCGACCUGAGCAGCAGCGAGAAGGCCCAGCUCCUCGCCGACAUUAUCGGCUCUGAGUCUAAAAUAUCCUUUGAACGUAUCCUGCCUGCGAUCGAACAGGCCGAAACGGCCCAAGGGAUUGUGAUUCUCCUCCACCAUGAGCGAGAACACCUCAAGAGCCAGCUUCAGAUUGCAGAGGAACAAGGCAAGCAUGUUCAGCUCGAGCACAAGGAGCUCGAAUCCUUCCUCACUCUCAUCCUGAAGGGCGAAACACUCCAAGGCUUCCCCUUAGCUGCUGAACCGGAGGACUGCGCUACCCCAAGCGAUCAGCCAGACGUCUCGAGCGUUGAGUUGUCAGAAUCGAAGCUUGCAGAAGCGCUUCCCAUUGCUUCAUCGGUAUCUCACGGCGACAGCGACGACUCCCCCACCGCAGAUAGCGUUGAGGUGGCUGUCAACGGGCGCCAGAGGUCAGCCUCAGGCCCACCCUCACCAACGACUGCGAUGUCGACAGCAACGGCUUCACCCACUGAGAGUACAGGGCACAGAACCCCUGUGGGCCAAACUCGACCUUUGCCACCUCAGCAGUUCUUCAAGAGGCAGCAGCUGCGCAGACUCAGUACCGGGUCUGCGAGGACGAUUGAAGAGCCCACUGGCAAGGCAUCUGGAUCGCAAUCCGCAAUCAUUACAACGCGUCGUCUCAGUGACGAAAUUACCGGUCCCGCCAAGGGGUGGUCGAACGGCAAGCCGCCCUGGAGCCGUGAAGGUGCCCUGCUGGUCCGCUCCAGCACAGCGCCGUCACUCUUCAUGGACCGACGGCCCAGCCUUCCCACAUCUGCCUCCAUGGAGAGGCUUCACGGAUCGCAAGCGUCUUCGUCUUCGCCAUCAAGCAAGGGCGAGUCGCCAACAUACAAGGGCUGGCCCUUCUUCCGGCAGCCAGACCAUGAUCCCGACGAGGCCCUUAGCAACCAUCGCCGCCGUCCAAGUAACUCGUUAAUGUUGCAUUCGAGACGUGACAGCGCAUCGUCCGUCACAAGUGCCACGGGCUCCCCGGGUAAUUACGCCGCAAGUAGAGACACCAUCGUCAGCGGCCUUCGGCGUGAGGUCGAGGACUUAAAGCUCCAAAACCGGCUGACCGCCAACAAUCUGCACAACAUGGGGCAAGAGCAGGAUGCGCUUCAUAUGAAGCUCGAGGCCAAGUCGGAGGAGGCGGAGCGCUUGAACAAUAGCCUUCGGAAUGCCGAGAAGCUAUACAAGUCCAAGGAAGAGGGGUUGUCUCGCCAGCUGCAGGGGCUUGAAGCGGACUGUGAGAACCUGCUACGCGAGCUAUCCAAGGCGAAAGAAACCAUCGUCACGCAGAAAGCCAAGGUGCAGGCUGCCGAACAGGACAAGCGUGAACUUCACGCGACGGUUCAAGACAGAGACUCGACGAAUGCGACUCUGAGGAAAUCGCUGGACAGGGCGCAGAAGGAAAUCGAUGCCCACAAGGCGCGGUUGGCGGAGCUGGAAGCCAGACGGGAUUCUCUCGAGGACGAGCUUGCUUCCGCCAAUCACCGCAUCGUUGAUCUGGCCGAUAUCGAGGAGCAAUUCCUCCAGGCAAGACAUAAUGCGGAGGAGUUGAAGCUCCGGGUCGAGGAACUUCAAGCUGGGCCUGGGUUUUACGCCGUCAGCGCGCCGUCAAGCUCUGCUCCAGGUAGUGUCUCACAGACGCUGGGUGCAGAGAUGCUGCGACAGUACGGGCUCAUUGGAGCCGAGCCCAGCUCACCUCUGGCACCGCGUGCAAGGAAGUCUUCUCGCCGACUGCGCCGCCCCCCGAUCCCUCCGUCGCCCCGGCCUGAUGUAGAGUGUCUUAGCACUGAGCUCGAGAAGGCCGACUCGGAUCCCAACUCCGAGGACGACGAUAACGACAGCAGCGAUGAGGACGACAACACCGAGGUCGACCCAGAUGACUCGUUGGCCGACGUGUCGAUCGAUGUUCCAUCAACUCCCUUGCCGGACUCGCCUGCCGACGGCGACAGGUCGAUGACCUCGCCCCCUUCAUACAGCGGAAGCCCGAGGGGUGCGGAGCAACUGUUAGAAGCAGGCCCUUCGGUCGAAGCUGGCCCGUCCGAUGCCAAGGCUACCCUCGAACCGACCAAAGUGGCAUCGGUUGAGGCGGAGCCGAGGCCGGUCGUCAAGCACGAGUCGAAGGGCGUCAUGACCACCGACAUCGUGGCGGCGACCCAAGCUACAGCGCCUGUCGCGGAGAUUGCCGUGGCGACGACUGAAGCGACAGCCCCCGUCACGGGGGUUGUCGACGACAAGAAUGCGGAACCGAUCUGCAAUAACCCCCGUCACGUUAACUGGGCGGUUCUGGCCGCGUUUAUUGUGGUCGCUUUCGCUGUUGGUGUGGGCUUUGGAGCACAGAAGCUGUCUUCAGGAACACCGCUCCCGUCCCUCGUGUACGACCCGUACGGACAUAUCCACACGAUCACAUCGGCCACGGGUCUCCCCUACUCGGCGUGGCACCGCAAGGGAAAGACGAAUGUCAUGGAGAACCGUGGUCGCCUUCGUCGCGGCCGUGUCCCCACAUAGAUGUGCCUACUGCAAUUAUGGCACACUGUGAUCAUUUCAUCCACUAGUUUAAUGUCUGUACUUUAAUCGUAAUGUUUGCAUAGAGAGAGUGAUGUAACGAG